UCCCUGCCCCCAUGCCCGAGUGCUCAGCCCUCCCUUGCCGGGGCUCACCUAAUCCCCGCAGUGGGAGUCGGGGGGCAUCCGCGCAGGCCCAGGGCUAGGGUUGCAGCACGGUCACUUCACACUCGGCAGGCAGCAUGUGCAGCUGAGGCCCCUCUCCGGGCUGCAGACUCCCUCGAGGCGGGCAGCGAGGUCAGCCUGGCAGCCGCUGCCUCUCUCCAGCCCAGAUCUGGCCUCAGGCAGCCGGUUCCCGGACCCGAGGAAGUGAUGGCGGAACAGGAAGCCAGUGGGUUGCAGGUCCUGCUGCAAACACUCCAGAGUUCCUCUGACAAGGAGUCAAUCCUGACCAUCCUCCAGGUCCUUGGAGAUCUGCUUUCCGUUGGCACAGACCGGAGGAUUCGCUACAUGAUCAGCAAGGGUGGUAGCGAAGCCCUUCUGCAGACCCUGGUGGACACUGCCCGGACAGCUUCUCCAGACUAUGACAUCCUGCUGCCCCUCCUCCGGCUGCUGGCCAAAGUUGGCCUGCGAGAUAAAAAGUUUGGACAGAAGGCACUGGAAUUGGAAGCACUUGAUGUGACAUUGAUUCUGGCCAGGAAAAACCUGUCCCACAGCCAGAACCUCCUGCACUGUCUCUGGGCUCUGCGUGUGUUCACUUCUAGUGUCACCACAGGAGCCAUGCUAGGAAUUAAUGGAGCAAUGGAACUGCUUCUCAAGGUCAUCACCCCUUACACCCAGAAGCACACCCAAGUAAUCAGGGCAGCCACUGAAGUUCUGGCAGCACUGCUGAAAUCCAAGUCUAACAGCCGCAGGGCGGUGAACAGAGGCUAUGUCUCGGGCUUGCUCAGGCUGCAUCAGGACUGGCACAGCCAUGACACAGCCAAUUCCUAUGUAUUGACGCGGGCGCUUCUGCUCUGCCUCAAGCAUAUUGCCAACCUCCGGUCUGGCAGGGAGGCCUUCCUGGCAGCUCAGGGCAUGGAGAUCCUGUUCAGCACAACACAGAACUGCCUGGAUGACAAAAUUCUGGAGCCCGUCGUCUCCAUUGUGCUUCAGAUCCUGAGGCAAUGCUACCCUAAGAGCCCGCUUCCCUUGGUCACAGCCAAUAGCGCAUACACCUUCCCAGGCACUAGGAGCAUCACCUCUGACCCGCCACAUGUUCUAACUGAAGAAGAUUUUGAAGAGGAUGGUGAGGAAGAGGAGGACAAAGACUUGGAUUCUGAAGAUGUGAAAGAGGAAGAUGAUGACUUGGAAACAGAUGUGAACAAGCUGAGUUCCAAACCUGGUCUUGACCGACCUGCAGAGGAAUUAAUGCAGUACGAGGCGAUGUGUCUUGAGCUCUCCUGCAACUUCAAGGAACUGGAGUCUGAAGCUGGAGAUGAUCUGACGUUUGAUGAGACUCAGUAUACCAAUCACCACCACAUUCCGACCCCUGUCUCCCUCAAGGGGUGUUGCUUGAAUAAGGACCAAGUUUUCUGGGGACAUGAAAGAGAAGCCACAGCCCAAACCUCCCUUCUGAGCAGGGUGAAGAUGGGGAGGUCCAACCUACAUCACUCCAAAAAAGGACCUGGAAUGAGCCCACACCAAAAUGUCCAAUCCAAAGGUUUUGGGCUCAGUUCUUCUGGAAGUAAAAGCCCCAGUAUCCAGCCACUCAUCAAAGAGGACACUUGGGACAUAGACGUGAUUUCCUGCCCAAGAAUGAGUGCCUCCUUGACCAAUUCCACUCAGCCUAAAGAAAUUGCUGAAUUAAUGGAUAAGCUUCUGCAGACACAUCCCAAGAGUAUGGCCUUCCAUGACCCCUAUCUUUAUAUGGCCAAAGCUAGAAGAACCAGAUCUGUUGCUGACUUCACAAUGAUGUCAUUUCCUGAUUUCUGGGGACACUGUCCACCUGCCUCUGCCCAGUCCAUGUUGGAACGUAAAUGUGGAGUUCAAAGGAUCAAGAUAUUUGAGGAUGUCCGGAGGCUCAUCCAGCCAAAUGAUGUUAUAAAUAAAGUUGUCUUCAGCUUAGAUGAGUCUUGGCCUUUGCAUGACAUUGCUUCUGACUGCUUACAAUUCUUCUCCAAGUUUGAGUCAGGAAAUCUUCGCAAAGCAAUCCAAGUGCGUGAGUUUGAGUACGACUUACUGGUCAAUGCUGAUGUGAAUAGUGCCCAGCACCAGCAGUGGUUUUACUUCAGGGUGACAGGUAUGAGGACUGCCAUCCCUUACCGCUUCAACAUCAUCAACUGUGAGAAGCCCAACAGCCAGUUCAAUUACGGGAUGCAGCCCACGCUGUAUUCUGUGAAGGAGGCUCUUCUAGGCAGACCUGGCUGGGUACGGACAGGCUAUGAAAUCUGUUAUUACAAAAAUCAUUAUCUCCAGAGUGCAGCCAUCACAGGGGGAGCAUCUGGGAAGUACUAUUACACCCUCACCUUUACCAUCACCUUCCCGCAUGAUGAGGAUGCCUGCUACCUGGCCUACCACUACCCCUACACCUACACCACCCUCAUGACUCACCUUGACAUUCUGGAAAAAAGCGUGAACCCCAAGCAGGUCUAUUUUCGGCAUGAGGUUCUCUGCCAGACGCUUGGAGGGAAUCCCUGUCCACUGGUGACCAUCACUGCCAGGCCAGAGUCUAACAGCACCGACCAUCUGGAGCAGUUCCGGCAGCGCCCAUACCAGGUGAUUACUGCUCGAGUUCAUCCAGGGGAGAGCAAUGCCAGCUGGAUGAUGAAGGGGACCUUGGAGUUCCUGGUCAGCAGUGACCCUGUGGCUCAGCUCUUGAGAGAAAGCUUCAUUUUCAAGAUCAUCCCCAUGCUCAACCCAGAUGGUGUCAUCAACGGCAAUCACAGAUGCUCACUGAGAGGGGAAGAUUUGAAUAGACAGUGGCUCUCCCCCAAGGCUCAUCUCCAGCCUACAAUCUACCAUACCAAAGGGCUCCUCCACUACCUAUGCAGCAUCGGCCGGAGGCCCAUGGUGUUCUGUGAUUUCCAUGGUCACUCCCAAAAGAAGAAUGUGUUUCUUUAUGGUUGUAGCAUCAAGGAGACCUUGUGGCAAGCAGAGUCCACUGUGGGCACAUCAGACCUCUCGGAAGAUGUCAGCUACAGGACUCUUCCCAAAAUCCUUGAUAAACUAGCACCAGCAUUCACAAUGAGCAGUUGCAGCUUCCUCGUGGAGAAGUCUCGAGCCUCCACAGCCCGGGUUGUGGUGUGGAGAGAGAUGGGAGUGCCCAGAAGCUACACCAUGGAGAGCAGCUACUGCGGCUGCAACCAGGGCCCCUAUCAGGGUCUACAGUUUGGUACCCGUGAACUGGAAGAGAUGGGAGCCAUGUUCUGCUUGGGCCUCCUCAUCUUGGAACUCAAGUCUGUAAGCUGCAGCCAUCAGCUCCUGACCCGCGCAGCAACUCUACUGAAUGCCACAGAGGAAUCUCUGGACCACCACCUCCAACGAUGCAGCAGCAGUAGCAGCACCACUUCAGAACUGGAUGAUGAACCUCCCUGCCUGGAGGAGAUUGAUUACAGUACCGACAGCAGCUCAGACCAGGAAGGGAACUUCUCCGAGCUGGACCGCCAAAUCCAGGAGUGCGCUUUCAAGAAGGAUGAGGGAGAGGAAGAAGAGGAGGGGCCAGGGCAGGAAAGAAAAGCCAUCUCAUAACCCCAAGCCUCAUCAAGUGUUGUGCCUCUAACUAUUGGAUUAGCUGCUAUGUUGUUGCUUUACCAUCAGACACACAAAAUUUUGGCCAUAUGAAGUCAACCACUUUACAUCCAGAUUUUGUCCUAGUUUUGUUAUGCCUAGAGAGUGGCUGCUUCUUAAUUACAGCACUUUGCAUAUAUAGUUAGGUGGCUUUUGGGGCCCAUGCAUGUUGUCAUUAUGCUAGAAUAGAAGACUUUUCAAGACGACUAUGGAUCCUCUGAAGACUGUUCGGAGCUCUUUUCCAUUCCUGUGCUUGAAACUGGAGGAGUAGGAAUUGGACUUUCUUCAUAUUUUCUCAGCCAGAAUUCUAAGUGAUUAAGUUGUUCUAUAGAUGAGUGUUACCCCCCACCCCUGUUGUUUCCUUACUCUACCAUUGGAGCAACUCAUCCCAAACCCUGAGCCCCACAGAGACAUCAGGAGUCCUCAGAGGGUUUUCAGUUGCUUGGUGAUUGAUCAUAAAGGCUGUAUAAUCAAGUAAUCACCUCUAGUUGAUUUUAAUAGUAUACAUUUUGCAGAUCCAGUAUAAGCCAGGAGCUGUCCUAGAUUCUAAGGGAAGGGGCACAAUGUUGAAUAAGAUAUGGCCAUUGGCCUUAAUAAAUUUGAAAAUCCUAUGAAAUUCAGACCACUAGCCAUGAUCCUAAGAGGCCACAAGGCAUGGUGGGCAAUUCAUUCAUUUUAAAAUCAGAUAUAUGUGGCUCAUAUCUUGAAGCUGGCAGUUACUUGUUAUGAGAACUCAGGCAAGUAAUUAAAUCUCCCUAAACCACAGUUCAAUGAAGAUAAGUGUAUCUAUAUCAUAGAGUUAUUGUGAAGAUGAAAUGAAAUAAUAUGUAAAGUAUACAGUUUGGCACAUGGUAGACACUCAACAACAUUGGCUUGUUUUCUGCCUAACACAGGCAGAGCAUUCUGUGGAUGUAUUCUCACCAUUAAAAAAAAAAUCUAUGGAGUUCCCGUCGUGGCGCAGUGGUUAACGAAUCCGACUAGGAACCAUGAGGUUGCGGGUUCGGUCCCUGCCCUUGCUCAGUGGGUUGACGAUCCGGCAUUGCCGUGAGCUGUAGUGUAGGUUGCAGACGUGGCUCGGAUCCCGCGUUGCUGUGGCUCUGGUGUAGGCCUGUGGCUACAGCUCCGAUUCGACCCCUAGCCUGGGAACCUCCAUAUGCCGCGGGAGUGGCCCAAGAAAUAGCAAAAAGACAAAAAAAAAAAAAAAAUCUAUGGAGUCAUAUGGUUGGGAAGCACUCUCUUCCUGGAGGGGAUCAGGCAGAGAGGUUGCAUAGGAGCAGAGCCUAAGAGGUUGGCAUUGCUUAGAACAAGUGAAAAUGGAGCCACAUCCUUCAACAUACAGAUAGAAACAGUUUAAAAAUUUGAAAGAUGAGAUAUCCAGGGCCAAUGCAGAAAGAAUGAGAGGAGGCAUGGAAGGCAGAUUAGAAUGGAAGAUAAAAUGGAGAGAAGAUGUUAGAUCAAAUUUAUGUUCAUCCAGAUACCGGAUAUACUGAGUUAGAAUUAAGCUUGGCUAUGAGAGAUGGAAAAUUCAGAACAGCAGUAGCUUUUGUAAAAUUAAAGUCUAUUUAUUGCUCAUGUGGAAUCUAGAUAUAAGCAGGCCAGAGCUGGUAUCUUGAGUGCAUGGUGUCAUGUACUCAGUUUCAGCAGCUUUCUACCCUUUCAGGUAUUGCUUUUCAUCUUGGUCUAAGAUAGCUGCUGAAGCAUCAGACUUUGCAUCUGCAUCCCAGUCAGCAGUAAGAAGGACAGAAAAGAACAUAUUCUCUGUAUUUCCAAAACUAUGCAUUAUGCUUCUGCUCAAUCUCACCAUGCAGUGGUGAGAAUACAGGUAGCUGAAAAAGAGGUUUAAAAAUGUAGUCUUUAUUUGAGGUAGCAAGGCUAGAACUUUUAAAUUUUAAUAUUAAGGGAAAAGGAAAAAAUGCAUAUUGGGGAUCAAAUCAAAGAGACUUUCCCCGAUACACCUAUCACCAACAAGAGAUUUUAGAAAAAGAAUAAUUUCAGGUAAAACUCAUAGUCCACAGUUCUAGACCAGCAAAGAGCCUCAGGAAAAAAAAAAUGCUGUAAUGUAGCCCUGAGGCAUACAAGAAACUUAUGGCUGUGCUGUGAUUUUUGAAAUAUUUAUUAUUAUUAUCCCUUAGUUUUCCAACUCCCUUUCAAGUUUCUUUGCCAUCAUUCAGAAAUCACAACUCAUUCUUUGUAUCAAGGCAUUCAGGUUUCUGUAAUAUGCACAAAAGGUUUAAGGGAAAUAAUAAGACACUGGAUUCAAAUCCAAGCUGGAAGCAUCUCUUAACUUUACCGACAUUCAAUAUUUCCACUCUUAGAGGAUGGCAUAAUGCUUCUGUUUUUUUCAUUGCUUUGAGGGUCAAGAAGAUAAUAUUGUUGAAAAUGUAAAUGGUGACAGGGAUGGAAAUUAUACUAAUUCAACAUCACCAAAUCACAUCUCUGCUCAAAAUUGCUUAUUUAUAAUGUUUCUGAGAAUAUGACCAGGGCAGGUAAAUUCUAUGUGGUAUGUUCAGGAAAAGCCAGAAACAUAAACUAUUGAUUCAUCUACAUAAAAUAUAUAUUAAUUACCUGGACUCACUCUGUGUCAAGUUACUGAAAGCUUAGAGGAGAGAUGGACAGUAAACAUUUUAUUUUCAUUCAGUGGCACAUGGCAUUAUGGAGCUAUGCAAAUGUGGAUUCAGAAUCACUUCAUCUAACAGAGGCAGUGGUGGUGCAAAAAGUCUACCCAAAGCGAUGAUAAUUUAGUGACUUUUUUGAGGAUGUGUAAGAGUUCCUGGUUAUAAAGAAGAGGAAGGACACGCUAAAAAGUGGGAAGAGCUUGUGCAAAGGCCCUGUGGUAGGUUUGGCACUAGGAAUAAAAUGUCCAAUGUAACUGAUUUAAAAGAUGUACUUCUAUGUGGGCAAAGGAGAUGAGUGACAAGACAGAAAAUCAAAAAGAUAUACAUGGAUCAGAUCAAGCAACAUUUGUCAUUCCUUGAUGAAAAGGUCAGAUUUUAUUCAGAAUGUGCUGGAGGGAGACAAAGAAUUUUCAGCAGAGGCAUGGCCAGGAUAGAUGUCUCCAUGUAUACAUCAUCCUUCUGAACCACUUAUGACUGAUUGACUGUCACCCUCACUGUGCUGGUUGCUCAGUGGUCUGAGAAGUACACUGCGUGUGACAUUAUCAUAUUUGAAGAGCAGCAGGUUUGGGAUAAGGUGAAAGAUAAGGAGUGCAGUUUGGGGCCAUGUUGAGUACUGGGUUCUAUGAGAUGUUCAAUUGGAAAAAGACUUCUCCAGAAGUAUAUCAGAAAAAUAUGUAUAAAAUGAGCUAUAUACAGUGAGCUUGAGGACUUGGGUGGAAGUCUUGAGUAAAUGAGCCCAGGUGCCAGCCAGUUGGAGGAGUUUGCUUGGAGGGAACAAGAGAGUGGGGAGGAAAGCAGACUUUCCUCCAUUCCUGCUGGGAUGGAAGGCCAUUCUGUGUCACACCUCACCCAUCUUCAGUCUACGGGUUGGGAAGGCUCAUCAUAGGUCAAGCACAGAGGGCCCUAGGAGUGGCUUUUCCAGCCUGGCCAGACAUGUGUAUUGCUGGCCAAACCACUAUGGUAAAUUGUGCUGAAAAAUGUUCUAUCGAACUCGGAGCCAAAUGAGAUUAUGCAAGAAUUCCGAUGAGUUGUAAGCUGUAAUAGGAAGCAUAUGAGGUUCAAAAUGUGCAGAGAAAUUGUAUCAAAAGAGGUGAUGUGGGGUCCAGGCCAUAUGCAUGGCAGUUGCUGUCUGGGGCUCUGCACGGCUGAGCUAGAACAGGGGACCUUCUUCACCCCCAGGACAGUCAUCAAGGGUAGAGAAACAUAAGACUUCUUGUGAUUUCCUAAGAGUCAUGUUUCCAGGAUCCCCUAAGCAUGGAAUCUGCUGUCUCUUCAUAACACUUCCCUAUAAGAGUCCUUUUGGCUACUUUAUAGACUCAGGUUCUACCAUUCUCCAUCUUCAGGUUACCAUGGAACAUGGCCUCAUCUUAUCUCAUCAUAGUUGUCUAAGCACAUGAACAUACAUAAAAAUACAUGUACACACACACACACACACACACACAUUCUUCUUGAGCCACAUAUCUACCUAAAUGCUCUCUUUGAGUUUUUAAGUUUUUUCUCAUUUUCCCUCUCUCUGAUAAGCAUCUUUCAUUAUUUCAUCUAAGGUAUCAAGACCCAGUUCAAAUAUCACUUUUCUUUCCUCUCCUAGUCACCCUGAGUCAAGUUAAAUAAUUUCUUUUCUGUGCCCCCAAUGCACUGUUUAUACAUUCAUUUUAUACAAUGCUUGCCAUUUACAACUUUAUUCAUGUGUUUUUUUACAGCUCCUGGUCUGUUUUUUUACAGCUAUUCCCACUGGCCAAUGAAUAGAGACCUCUAAGAUGCAUAGACGACCUGCAAUUAUCUUUAUAUUUCUCCCCACACCUGGCAUAUUUCCUGACACAUUAAACUUUCUCGAAAAUGUAUCUCGCCCCAGCCUCAAAACAGGACAUCCAAUGUCUCAUUGAAACCCCGUACAUUUCCCUUAAAUUCCUCCAUUUUCCAUCUCAAAUCAGAGGGUGUGUUAUAAGAAGGGGAAGUGGUUUCAUUAAAACAUCAUCGAGUACAAGUACAGCCCAGCCCCUCAAGCUGAUUGUUGUCAUGGAAGACUGUUCCCCAUGUGAGGCGAGCAUCAUAAGGGCAGGGUGGCCUUGUCUUUCCUGGAUUGUACAAAUAUUUAGAGAGAGCAGUGAGAACAGAGGAGUAGAAUCUCUGCCAUUUUCACCAAGGUGCUCUGGAGCAUAGGCUCACUGUUGAGAACUGGCACAUGAUUCCAUGUGCAUUGUGCCAACUUGGCUGUCUGGGUGCUUCUUUCAGUCCCAUCCACUGGCUCCAAUUUCUUCUGGGUUUCCAGUAAAAGGACACAGAGCCACAAAGAACAUUCAAAUGUAACCUGAUGGUUGAGUUACAAGCUUGCGUCGCAUGUUGCCGACACAAGUAAGGUCACGUUACUCCCGAGGGAGGAGGAAUUCUCAGCACAGUUUCCAUUGCCUGGCCUGAGCAACUGAGCUCUAGAGUCAGUGUCAUAUUCCCAGGGGAGCCUCUGCCUUCUGGCAAGAAAAGGUUCUUCCAUGAAAUGCCUGGCACUAAUCAGCCUUGUUAGAGACUCAGAAUAGAAACCUGUGGAGGGGAUCUGGGUAUUUGCAUCCUCAGCAGAGUGAUGGAUUUGUUUGACCCUGUUGGUUCAACCCAGCCCUGCCCCCUAAAGGCUCUAGUCCUGGAAAGAUACAUGGUUGUGCAGCCUGCGUACUAAUUGUGCAAGCUUUUUUUGGACAAAAUAACUCAUAAGGUCUGGAGUCUGCUGCUGUCUUCCCAACAGAUGUCCUCCUCUGUUUGUGUUGUAGUUUGGCUCCAUGUGUGCUGCGUGCCCGAAUGAUUCUUGAUAAAAAGUGCUGUUUAGAAAAAAGGAACUGCUAAAAGGAAAUUUUUAGAUAAAAAUGGAUUGUGUUACAGCCUUUCUAUGCCUAAUAAUGAAAAAAGAUUCAACUGUAUACAGCUUAAAAUGAUCUGUUACACACAUUCCAACACAAAAGAGCUGAAAUUGAGUUUGAUUCCCUAAAUACAGACAGACAUACACACACACUCUAGAUAGAUAGAUAGAUAGAUAGAUAGAUAGAUAGAUAGAUAGAUAGACAGACAGACAGACAGACCAGCCCAGGACUUUCAGAAAGAAAACAAAGCAGAUGAGGAAAUGUGUCUCCUCAGACACAUCUUUUAAAGACGGGGGUCGGGUCGCCAGGUGAUGAUUUUUCGCUGUUCUAUCACACAGAAAUUGAAACCGAGGCCUUUGGGGUAGAAUGUGAGACCGUCUCUCAUCAAUAUAUGACAUGAUCUGGCCUUCUAGCAUGUCUAUAUUUUGAGCCUAUUCAGGUCAUAAUGAAAAUGCAUCCAGUUCUCUUUGGAAGAGAAUGCAUAUUUGUCAGAAAAACACCGAUUUAAUCACAUUCUCUUAUCAGAGCAAUGAACUAUUAAAAUCCAUGGAGCAAACUGGUUAU